AUGUUCACUGCCCUCCGCCCCGCCGCUCGCUCGACCAUGCGCCAGUACGCGCGCUCCAUGUCGACCGCCGCCGAGCCCCUCGUCCUCGCCUCGCGCUCCGAGUCGGGCAAGGUUGCCAUCCUCCAGCUCAACCGCCCCAAGGCCCUCAACGCUCUUUCGUCGCCCCUCUUUGACACCCUUAACGCCGAGAUGGAGAAGGCUGACAACGACCCGUCGGUCCGCGCCAUUGUCCUCACUGGCGGUGACAAGGUCUUCGCUGCCGGUGCCGACAUCAAGGAGAUGAAGGACAAGGAGUUCUCGGACGCCUACAAGAACAACUUCCUCGGCACCUGGGGCAAGGUUGCUUCGAUCCGCAAGCCCAUUGUCGGCGCCGUUGCCGGCUACGCCCUUGGCGGUGGCUGCGAGCUCUCGAUGAUGGCCGAUGUCCUCAUCUGCUCGGAGAAGGCCACCUUUGGUCAGCCCGAGAUCACCCUCGGCAUCAUCCCCGGCGGUGGUGGCACCCAGCGCCUCAGCCGCCUCAUUGGCAAGAACCGCUCGAUGGACGUCUGCCUUUCGAACCGCUUCAUUUCGGGCAAGGAGGCCGGCGAGUGGGGCCUCGUUUCCCGCGUCAUCCCCGCCGACCAGUCGGUUACCGCCGAGGCCGUCAAGAUCGCCGACAAGAUUGCCUCGUUCGGUGUCGUCGCCGCCCAGGCCGUCAAGGAGACUGUCAACGCUUCGCAGGAGCUUCCUCUUGAGCAGGGCCUCCGCUUCGAGCGCCGCAUCUUCCAGGCUCUCUUUGCCACGGCCGACCAGAAGGAGGGCAUGUCUGCUUUCGCUGAGAAGCGCAAGCCCACCUGGACCGACAACUAA